CCUAUUCUCGAAAUCCUUGCGACAUCAAGAUCUGGUCAUCAACGCUUUGUCAGACCCACCAAUGUGUCCACAUUGCCUUAGAGACAGCAUCUCAACCUUUACCAUAUCCCAUGAACGUGCGCUUAUCAGCAGAUGUCGUCAAGUUAGGUGGAGACUCUCAUGCCAUGACUCUGUCGCCAAAGAUAUAUCAACCAUGCAUCUGACUUUUUUUCGCAUCCAUGUACACUGUCCCUAUCACUUCUGCUAACCUAGAAAAUGUCUGCGGCGUUUGGAGCAUUCAUCACCCAUGAGAGUGAUUCAUCCCCAUCACUCUCUGGGCCUGCUCCUGUCCUACACCGAGACCGGAUAUAUGCACCCGCUCCUACGGAAUACGAGCUACGCGAGUUGCAAUGGGGUCAACGUCUGAACGGACCGACGAAAGAACAGUCGCAAGUUAUCUCUGAACCUCUUGAUUCAUCAAUCCCGCCAACCCCGGGAGAGCUGGAGCAAAGUCAACCUCCCACGCCUUACAGGGCUCCAACUGUCGAUGCGCUUCUUCAGUCGUUCUCGAACCCGCCCAAAAAUCGCUGGAGAGUCGCUUCUGCCACUGUGUUUUUCUUUUUGAUGGGUCUGAAUGAUGCUGCUACUGGUGCUUUGAUCCCUUACCUGGAACGACACUACGACAUUGGAUAUGCCGUGGUAUCUCUGAUAUUCGUUACCAAUGCCGUUGGUUGGAUCCUGAUGGCACCAAUAUCUCAAAUGAUUGAGCACCGUGUUGGCCGAGCGCGAUCAUACAUUGUCGCAACCACUCUUAUGAGCAUUGGUUAUAUUGCGUUGGUCUGCGCACCACCGUUCCCGGUCGUUGUGCUCAGCUUUUUUGUCCUCGGACUGGGGAUGGCGUUGUUUCUUGGGAUGACCAACGCAUUUCUUGUCAAUCUGAUGAACGGCACAGUCAUUUUGGGAUUCUGUCACGGCAUAUAUGGAGUUGGAGGAGUGAUUUCACCUCUCGUGGCCACGGCAAUAGUCUCCAGAGGUGUUCGUUGGUCGUAUUACUACUUCAUUCCACUUGUGAUAUCGAUCAUGUCGAUCUUUUUCUUAGGAUGGUCCUACCGAGGCUAUGAGGAUGAUGCCGCUGUACAGCUUCUCACAAACCUCGAGCGUACAGCUUCACGUCAAGCUGGCGAGCCGACAAAAUUCCAAUUGUUCAAGAGAGCGCUCAAGAGCCGGACCACCCUGCUUGGAGCUACUUUCAUAUUUUUCUAUCAAGGAGCCGAGGUGGCCAUAUCAGGUUGGGUCAUCUCGUAUCUCAUCUACUAUCGAAAGGGCGAUCCUUCUCAGGUCGGUAAUGUCACUUCGGGAUUUUGGGGUGGCAUCACCGUAGGAAGAUUUGUGCUUACGCAUUUCGCUCACAAGAUGGGAGAAAGGUUGGCGGUCUUCAUCCUGAUAGCUGGAGCUGCUGCCUUUCAACUUCUAGUCUGGCUCGUUCCAAACAUCAUCGGCAACGCUGUCGCCGAGGCGAUUGUCGGAGUCUUCCUAGGUCCCGUCUAUCCCUGCGCCAUGGCAAUCUUCUCAAAACUACUACCCAGAAGUAUCCAGAUCGUUAGUCUGUCAUUCGCCGCAUCAAUGGGCUCAUCGGGAGGCGCUAUCGUGCCCUUGAUCACAGGGCUGAUGUCCCAGAGCUUGAGUACGGUCGUGCUUCAUCCGAUUGUCUUGAUCUCUUUCGCUCUUAUGACAGUGGGUUGGGCAUUACUACCUCGAGUUGGGAAGAGGGCAGAAUGAGCACCUCGCCUUGAAUUGUUUUGGUGCUAGGAAGCAGAGUCAUAUGUUUGUUGUGCUGGCCACCUCGUUUGCGCCAGGAGACAUGUUCAAUCUACGAACAGCAUGUACUCCGUUUGCAGCGUAAUCGAGGCUUCCAUGCGUUUGAGGAUAUUUUCACUUGCAACAAGUGCGAUGGGAACGACACGCUUC